AUGGAGUACCAGGUCUCAUGGGGCGAGGGCUCCUUGGGGCUGACGCUGCGUCCGGACCUCGGCGAGGACAUGCCGCCGGUCGUCGGCCGCAUCACGCGCGAAGACUCGGCGGCGGCCAAGGCCGGCGUCGCCGUCGGCCACAUGCUCGUGAGCAUCAACGGCAUGGAUACCGCGCGGCGCGGGUACGACGCGACGGUCGAGAUGCUCAAGACGAUCCACCGGCCGGCGAUUCUGCGCUUCCGGAUACCCAAGUCGCUUCUGACGCUUGGUGCGCGCAACAGCACGGGCCAAGAAGUGGACCGUCGGCGCGAACACUCGUCGUCGCACCCUGUGUACCGCCGUGGCGUCUCGAGCGCCGCCGUCUUAGGAACCUCGCGCGGCGAGAGCUACCGCAUCGAGCGCGAUCGCGAGCGAGAGUACCGCGAGCGAGAGCACCGCCGGCGGUCCGAGCGCGACAGCGAGCGCGAGCGGGCGAACGCCGUCGUCGUGCAGCCGCCGCCGGUCCUUGCCCACUCGUCGUCGACGUCGUCCGAGGCGUCGACGGUCUCCAACACAUCGUCGACGUCGACGUCCGCCAAGCCUCGCCGCGAGACGUACACAGUGGUCUGGACCGAGGGGCCGCUGGGCAUGAUCUUCCGACCGGACGACGACGACUGCCACAUUCCGUGCAUCCGAAAAAUCACAGGCAAGGGCGCCGAGAAGCCGUCGGUGGCGUCGGUUGUCCUCGACGCCAUGCGCCCCAACGUUGUCGACAAGAGCCUCUAUGACAUUGUGUGGCGCGAAGGCGAGCUCGGUCUCAAGCUCAAGCCGACGCCGGCCGACAUUCCGAUGAUCUCGCGCCUCACGGGCCGCGGCAGUGCCAGCGGCCUCCACAACGCCCACGUCGGCGACAUCCUCGUCUCGGUCAACGGCAAAGCCGUCGACGGCGCAUCGUACACGAGCACCCUCCGCCUCCUCAAGCACACGCCCAAGCCCGCGAUCCUGCGCUUCCGCCCGAGCGCCCGCGACGUUGACCCGCCCCGCGCGGCGACCCCCAAGCGCGAGCAGAUCCCACUCGACGUGGCCAAGCAGCUCGUCGCGACGUCGCAAGGGCUCGACCCGCUCACUGAUGCGUUCGCGGGUGUCCCGCUCGCCGACAUUGUCGAUGGCACGAAGGAGGCGCACUUGAUCCGCGUCGCGGCCAAGGCGUAUGUGGCCGCGCAGGCCGAGAAGAAGCGCGGCGAGAAGAAGGAGGCGCUGACCCGCGCCGAGCGCGAAGCCCAAGUGCUCGCCGAGGCCCUCGAGCGCGUCAAGGAAGAAGCGAAAAAAUACGAAGAGUACCUCGCGCUCCAGCAACGCGAGCGCAUUCUUCGGUCGGCGACCGAGAACAAGCCCGUCGAGGUCAUUGGCCAGCAAAACCACAUGCUGGCGCAGCUCGCGUCGGUCAUUACGCCGUUCCGGCGCGAGAACUACGAGACCGAGGACGAGAGCUACGCGGCCGCGGCCGAACACAGCGCGGCCGACGACGCGGCGGCGGUCGACGCGUACGACCAGAUGCGCCAGUCGAUUCUGGAGGACCUGAGCCACAUCACCAAGACGGCGCUGCCGACGAAGAAGGCCCGCAAAACGUGCGCCGAGUGCCACUGCCUCGAGUCGCUCGAUGUCCCGUUCUUCCUCGACGACGACGGGCAGUGGUACUGCACGAGCUGCUGGGAGGCGUUCUACGGCGAGCCGAUCGUGGUCACCGACACGGCGACCGUCCACACGACCAUCGUCGAAGAAGACGAAGACGACGAGACGACGACGCCGGCGCCGGUGCCCAAAAGCACCCACUUUCGCCGCCCGAGCACGCGCGAAGACCACCUCAUCAACGAGGCAGAAGAGCGCAACGCGCGCCUCGAAGCCGAAAAGAUGCUCCACGAGCUCGAAGAGAUGCGGAAAAGCGGUGGGAACCCGGUGCACCACUUUAACGGCCACCGGUCGUCGAGCUCGAGCGACCGCGACCGCAUGGAGCGGGAGAAGCGCGGCAAGGAAGAGCUUGCACGCAUGCUCAAGGCCGAGGAAGACAAGGCGCGGGCCGAUGGCAAGGAAGAGCUGGCGCGAAAGCUCCAGGCGCAGCGCGAACGCUCGGACCAGGACCUCCAGUCGAUCCGCAUGUCGGCGGGUGACGACCCGAAGCUUGUCAUUGAAGAGGGCGACGAAGCCGCAGCGGCGGACGAGACCGAUGACACGCCGUCCGAGUUUGCCCACUUUUACAAGCCCGACUUGCAGCGGUCGCGCUCGGACAGCCACAUGAAGAUGCGACAGGUGUCGACGCCCGAGCCGCCGAUGCGCAAGACGUUUGGCAACGACGAGUCCCACAGCCAUCGGUCGCCGUCCAAGAUGAGCGUGAGCAGCUUCGACGACGACGAGCACCACUACACGAUGGACGACGAAGAAGAGGAAGACGACGAGUUUGACAAGGACGCCGAGCUGCUCCGGGCCCGCGAGGAGCAGAACUUUGCGAUGGCCAAGCAACUCGAGGAAGCGCACGAGGUCGUCAAGCAGGCGCGCAUGUCGAUGAUCAUGAUGGGUGACGGGGACAUUGCCGAGUUUACCGGUCUCAGCGACGACCAAAUCAACUUGUUCAAGAAGCUGACGAUGGAGGCCGACGAGCGCAUGUCGAUGCUGGACCCGAGCAAGUACGACGACUCGGACUCGGACGAAGAAGAGGAAGGGGACGACGGCGUCUGGAUCUAA